CUCCGCAUAAAGCGUCCACGAGUACGUCGGAGCCUCCAGUGCCCCUCAUCCCUCAUUCUCGCCAGUGUGGGAUGCCCCUAUUCACGCCCGUAUAUAGCGCUGACCCCUUUAGGUGACUCAGAUCCAAGUACCAGCGGCCGCUGAAACCUACGUGGCUCGAAAGAACCAAGUUGGUGAAUCUCUUCCAGGCUCCUGGCCUGAAACUUACUUACGAAUACGACUCCCGUGUCCUCGUCCACGUCACGUCUCUCGCAACCCCGCGACAAUGGAGUUCAACUCGUCCACCAUAUUCCCCGAGGGGGUCAUCUCGUUCCUCGAUACCGAUCUCUACAAGUUGACCAUGCAAUGCGCCGUCUUCAAGCACUAUCGCGACGUCAACGUCACCUACGCAUUCACCAACAGAACUCCAGACAAGAAGCUGUCUCGUAAGGCCUACAACUGGCUGUGUGACCAGAUCUCCAAGCUCGGGAACAUCUCCCUUUCCGACGACGAGUACCGCUACUUGCAGACGCACUGCAAGUACCUCACUGCCGACUACCUGAACUUCUUGCGAGAGUUCCGCCUCUCUCCCCGAGAGCAAUUGAAACCCACCUUCACGCCCGUUGCCGAGGACACGGGCGCUGAGGAUGUCGUCGGCGACACCCAUAUCGAAGUCCGCGGCUUGUGGGUCGACACCAUUCUCUACGAAAUUCCGCUCCUUGCCCUCAUCUCAGAGGCGUACUUCAAGUUCAUGGACACGGACUGGAACUAUGAGGGGCAAGAGGACAAGGCCUUCGAGAAAGGCCUGCGCCUGCUUGAGGCUGGCUGCACAUUUUCCGAGUUUGGUACCCGUAGACGGCGUGACUAUCACACGCAAGCACUGGUAUUUCGCGGACUGGUGAAGUCUAGCAAGGAAGCCGAAAAGCGAGGGUUGCCAGGCAAGCUCACUGGCACGAGCAAUGUUCAUUUGGCCAUGCGCUUCAACCUUGCACCCGUGGGAACUGUUGCUCACGAAUGGUUCAUGGGCAUCGCCGCGAUAACCAAUGACUACAAGACAGCGACCGAGGAGGCUCUGCGCCGCUGGGUCAGCACUUACGGCGAAGGCGUACUCGGCAUAGCUUUGACCGAUACUUUCGGCACGCCGGCAUUUCUCGAAGCGUUCAAGCAGCCAGUAAGAUACUUACCUGGCACGCCAAACCAACCAGAAGCCACAGCUACUCCCAGGUCUUACGCAGAGACAUUUACUGGUGUCCGACAAGACUCUGGCGACCCAGCCAACUUCGUCAAGAUGAUGCGAGAAUUUUACGAUUCUCAGAAGAUUACGGACAAGAAGGUGAUUGUGUUCUCGGAUUCCUUGGACAUCGAGAAAUGUAUCGAAUACAAGAAGAUUUCGGAAGCGGCAGGAUUUCAGCCCACGUUUGGUGUUGGCACAUACCUGACAAAUGACUUCCAUCGGCUCGGCACUGGCGAGAAGUCGACUCCACUAAACAUCGUCAUCAAGAUCAGCUCUGCGAAUAACAACCACGCGGUCAAGAUCAGCGACAAUGCCGGCAAGAACACAGGCGAUGCUGCGACGGUUGCCGAGGUUAAGAAAACGCUGGGCUACGUGGAGAAGUCGUGGAGCGGUGGAGAUGAAACUUCCCGAUGGGGCAAGUAAAUGUCGACUUUGGUUUCGAGCAAGCGAGAGCAGUUGGAUUCCUCCUUGGAUAAUCUUGGGUGCAAGGCAAUAAAGGAUGCCAUAGACGCUGCCCUGGGGCAACCUACUGCAUAUAGGGAAGGCGAUAUCUAUUAGAGAACACGAACCACGCGUUCAGUCGCCCGCCCCCAUAGAGUUUCACCAAAAAAGACGAAUUAUUGUAUUCUCAUGCUCAAAUGUUCAUAUGAUUGUGGAAAAGCUAAUGAAGACGGCGUCAUGUGCUAAACAUUAUAAUUAAAUAUACAUCAG